GAUGUUGUAAGUUCUGUCCAGGAUCAAAACAUUUGUGACCAUCUAUAUUCAUUGGGUUUUGUCUCGUCGAACCUACGAUGAAUUUGCAAUUUGCUGAAAUUGCUGCUGAGCGCCUGCUGCUGACGUCACUCACAUCGCACUUUUGCAGCCAGACACGUGUGUUGUGACUGAGAACAUCGUUUUUUUGUGUCAAAACACUUUUUAGCGUUUGAGUCACUUCAUCAAAAGUUGCUAAAAAAAAUAUAUAUAUAUUUUUAAAGAAGCUACAUUUGUUGCUAGGUGCAGUUUGAUUAUUUUUUUGCUAGGGUACUCUGAAAAGUUGCUAAAUCUAGCAACAAAUUUGCGAAAUUGGUAUCAUUGAUCUCAAUCCUGAGACCGUUGGAGCCUCUUUACCGCGGUUCAUGUAGCCACAUCCUGCACGAAAAAUCACACACACUAUAGAUACUUUUCCAUAACAAUUUAACAGAAAACGUGGACAGUUUGUUAACAUACAUUUAUAAAGGAUUUCAGAAAGGAUGUCCAGACGAGGUUGUACCGGUCCGACCGGGCUCCGGAGGAAACGGGACAUGGAGGAGCACCAGAAGGAGAGAAGACGGGCUCUGCAGGCCCGACACCGGGCCAACCUGGCCACCCUGUUCGAGACACUCAACACCGUGGUCUGUCCCACAUCCAACAAGAUGCCUGCUAAGUGGAAGAUCUUGGACCACGCCAAAGGAUUUCUGAAAGAGCAGGAAGCCCACCUGAGCAGACUGAUGCUCCUGAAAGGUAUAUUCCUCGGUAAUGAAGACGGGCCGUGCAGCUUGGAGGAAGUAAGGGCAGAGUACCGGAGGCUGCAGUCACACAGCAGCUCCCUGCGCUCCAGAAGACCUGGUGGCCACAGACGUCAUGGCGGGGCUGACGGAGAGGACCUGACUGAGACCAGUGAGGAAGACUCUGAGGAGGAGACUCUGGAUGACUUCGCCCCCUCUCAGACCUCCAUCAACUCUCUAACCAACAUCCUGGAGUUUGAAGGGUACUUGUUGUUCUACAGACAGACACUGGAGAAGUUGGUUUGUAGCGGUGUGCUGAGCCCGGGACAGACUGGUCUGGCUGUAGUAUCUGAAGCUAUCUCAGGCCUGUGGGAUAGCUUCUCUCCAGAGCGCCGGGCAGCCUACCAGACCUGUCCCCCCCAGCAGAGCACCCUGGGCUGGGAAGGGCCGCCAGAGACACCCCCAAAUCCUGUUCCAGACACCCACCUCCACCUCACGCUCCAGCCCUCCACUCAGGCAAACAGCCAGGGAGCCUCUUCUCCUUCUAGCUAUGAAGAGGACCUGCUUCAGGAUGCCUAUGAUGUAGUGAAGAAAGAGAUGGACUCCACUUCAGACCACAGUCCUGUCCUGGCCUCUCCUCAGUGUGGGGACUUUGACAAGCUCCGGGAGAUCUAUAAGGACAUCAUGUGUUUCGGCAAGACUCAGAUGGUGGAGAAACCAGAAUAUAACCAGGACGUGUGUCUGUCUGCUAUGAGGGACCACGAGGAGAUCUUUCUCCAGUGCUCCGAGUCCUUCGACAGUGAGGACAUGUGAAUCACAGGAGGCUGCUGACGGGAGGACGGCUCAUAGAAAUGUCCGGAAAAAACGAAGCAAAUGGAAAUGACAUCAAACACCCGGAAACCAUGGAAACCAUGUGUGAUGUAUUUAAUGCCGUUCCACCGAUUCCGCUCCUGUCAUUACCCACAAGCCUGUUCACCAACUUCCUGUUUCUGGGACCAAUCAGAACAGUUAGAAUGUGUUUGAUAUAUUUAAUACCGUUCUCCUCAAUUAACCUGUUAACCAACUUCCUGUUUCUGGGACCAAUCAGAACAGUUAGAAUGUGUUUGAUAUAUUUAAUACCGUUCCACCUAUUCAGCUCCAGUCAUUACCCACAAGUCUGUUCACCUCAAUUAACCUGUUCACCAACUUCCUGUCAUGUUUAUUGUUACAGACAUGUUUUUAUAAUCUGACAGACAUGUUUUAUAAUCUGACAGACAUGUUUUAUAAUCUGACAGACAUGUUUUAUAAUCUGACAGACAUGUUUUUAUGUGAUGAAUCUGGUUCAAAUCAUUCAUCCGUCUGUAUUUGAUGAUCAUUGUUCAGCCUUUUUAGUCAUUAAGAAUCAGCAUUUUGUCCAGCCAGUCUUUCUCUGUGUAUUAAACCUCAGAGAGGGAUGGUGGUCUCACAGUGUCCAGCAGCGGUGCCCAAACUAAGGGUCGUGACCCCCAUGUGGGGACGCCUGAUGUGAAAACGAGGUUGCGGAAGAAUUUCCAAAAAUCCUGAAAAUAUAUAUUAUUUUAAUAAAACAAUUUUUUUUAAA